AUGUCCGAGCUUGAAUCAAAGGGCGGAGCAACCAUCGAGAAAGGAGACACUGUCUCCACGCCCUACCGUGGAGGCAAGCAUGAAGGGGAGGUCGAACAGAUAAUCACAGACGAGAAGCAAGCCAAACAACUGGAAAAUGCCAAAGGCGCAGGUCAUGCACCAGCAGUUGUGUUCACCGACCAAAAUAACAAGAAAGUGGCACACAAGCCGAACACGGUGACCAACUUGGAUAAGGAAGACUGA